CAUAAGAUCGAUGUCCCCCAAACCUUGUGGCCUCGCUACUAUGUGAGAGAGGCAUCUGAUUUUCUAGGUGUUGAUGUAUGACAGACAGUUGGGGUGUUAUUUCUCUCUAUGUGAAGGUUGGCUGUGCCAGAAGAGGGCGACUCUCCUGAAGACAAGAUGCAGGCAAGAAGCAGUCGACGACUUUCUCUAGAUGCCCGCUUCUCCAUGUUGACUACAUCGGAAGGAGCUGGUGAGGAGGGACUGAUGUUCUCCAGAAGAGACAGACGUGGUUCGGCCUCCCCUGUGAAGAGUAAACGAACGUCGAGGACGGAUAACCAGCUGCCCAAAGAGACUCUAGAAUCUACGAGUGAAUCACCAACUAGGUCAACAGACUCCACAGAGAGACAUAACAAUGCUGGUCCCUCAGUUCGGCGAAGAAGCUCAGUGGCGUGCCAGCAGGAUGUACAUCGAAGAGGCCGGUCACAGUCGGAGCAGCUGGACAUGCCGGAGGAAGUGUUGAGAAGCCUCCGCCGGGGCAGAAGGAGGUCUUCGGCAGCUCGUGUCCUGUGUGACUUUGCGCUUGGAGAAGACACUCGCCAGGUGAUGUUCUCCUUAAGUUACCUUCCAUCGCCGGGUCAGCUGACAGUCACCAUCAUUAAGGCACGGAACAUCAUCCCUAAGAACCUCCAACCUCUCUCCACUUCAGAUACUUACGUCAAAGUGGCCUUGAUGUGUGAAAACAAAAAGAUAGAUAGGAAGAAAACGGGGGUGAUAACAGGAACUUCUGAUCCCAUCUUCAACGAGUCCUUCCUGUUUGAUGUGGCUGAAGUGGACAUGAAAGGAGUGUUUCUUUCCUUGGUACUGCAAGAUACUUCUGGGGUACCGCUAGGGGGCAGUGAGGUCGGUCCAUGGUCAGAGCAGUGGAGAGAGAUGUUGGAUAACCCCCGGAAACCCGUCACCAGUUGGUGUACUCUAAAAGACGUGACGUCAGACACAAGAAGGGGCAGCGAGGAUCAGAGCUGAGGCACAGAUGAUGGACAGGGUGAAGAAUAAAAUAUGAUAUCAGUGGAAUUAAUGUAUAGAGAAAUGUUUUCAUUCGUUAUAAGCGUAAUUAAAUAUGUAACUUCGCCUUAUGUGAUAUUUGUACCUAGAUGUUGAUGAAGUGAAUCAAAUUAUAUAUAUAUGUUGUUCUAAAGUAUCAUAUAAGUGAUAAGUGAUCAAUGCAAAUCUGCGCAAGUUGAUGAAAUGCAUUGUGCCUAAAUGCUGUCAUAUGUACUAACAAAAGCAUAAAAGUAAUAAUAAGGUGACGUUUAUGCACAAAGAUAAUUUCAUUGCUGAUACGACAAAGUGAUAUCUUUCAUCAGUGCCAAUAAACAAUGUGAAUGAAUUCAAAUGAACGAGUAUAUCACAAGUGCACUCAUCGCGGAUCUUUAACUGAAUAGAAAAUGAAGAUAUCAAAUUAUGUCGGCACAUAUUUGUAUAUUGAGAAGACUUUUAUUGAUAAUAAAUCAAAAUACAGUACGAAAAGUAUGGUACAGGUUUCCUUUUUUGUUUUAAAAG